AAGCGGAUGGGGGCCGGCGAUGCGUCCCGGUCGGAUGUGGAACGGCGAGAGCCGGUCCACCGAUCGACUCGGGGCGUGGACCGGUGCGGAUUGGUGCGGCGGCCAAAGCCCGGGCUGUUGAUAUGCCCGUGGAGAUGCCGUCGCGUCGAUCGUGGUUGGCAGCGCGCGCCGUCACGGCGUGCCUCGGCACCUGGGCGCUCCCGGCACCGGCCUGCGGGCACCCCAUUCGGCCSGUCUUGAAACACGGACCAAGGAGUCUGACAUGUGUGCGAGUCAACGGGUGAGUAAACCCGCAAGGCGCAAGGAAGUUGAUUGGCGGGAUCCCCCUAG